CGAGUAUCGAUAUUUUUUCGCUCUACCUUAUAAAUCAUUUUUAUCUGACGCUGCUCAAAAAUUUAAAGUGAAGUGAUUUUGGAUAAAUUUAAUUUUUAUGAGAAUUAAAACGACCUAACAAAUAUAAACUUUGUUAUUUAGGGUGUAAUGACGAACAAAUACAUACAUACAUGCAUAUGGAUGUAUUUACAAAAUCAAUAUGAUGUUUGUACAUACAUAUAAACCGAUGACUACAUACUGACAAAAAAUUUAAAGGCAUUAAAAUGAUUUUAAUAGAAGUAUAUGAUAUGUUGGUUAAAUUAUUACAUUAUUUGUAAGCAAAUGUAUCUUUGGGAUACAUGUGUAAAAACAUAAUAAAUUAACCUUUGUAUGCAGCUGAAUCUUUUUAAUCUUUAUUUUUAAGCUCCUUUCAUCAAGAACAGAAGCCGCGCACAUAACCAUUCGUACAUGUGUGUACCAUGAAAAAUUAAUAUAUUAUAUCCAUCAAACAAAUGUAAAAAAAUGGAACUGACAUUGGAUAAUUACUUUCCUUAUCUUAAUUCACUUUCUCUUAACAUUGCUCGUGACAUAAAUAGAGUAAAGUCAACGUAUGAUCAAGAAACUUGGCAUUCACUAACCUUGAAUGAUCAAGAAAACGUAUUGAACAAUUUUUUUAUAAAACCAGAUUUAUAUAAUAAAUACAACAACAAAUGUAUAACAGAAAGGGCUUCUCAGGUAAAGACUAACAUGGUUUAUUCCUAUAACGGCCAAGAUUUACAUACUUAUAUUUAUCAAAACGUCGGUAUGAAAAUGUUGUAUGAUGAAAAUCAUGCCGGGAAUUGCAGAGAUGAACAUUCGUUUCCAUUUAGUUAUCGUACAAAAUCUCAAAUAAAUAUUCCGUCUAUAGAAUCUAUAAGAGCGGCUACCACACUAAUUGAUGUGUCAAAAUCUAUUAAGUCUGAAGCUAUGAACAAUACGAAGAAGCCAUCUAUCAUAAAUAUUAAUGAAGCUCUUCCUCAUUAUAAAGGCGAUGAAGAUUUAAUUACAAACAGUGUUGGACAACACGACAAUGACCAACAAAAUAAUGAAACUUCACAUGUUGAAUCAAAAAAUACCAUUUUAAUAGAUAGUGAUAACGAAUUUAAAGAAAGUAGCGGUCCAAAAGAGAACGAUAAACUUUUAUCUCCGGAUCUAUACAUACCAAGAGGUUUUGAUUUCCUCAGUAAUUGGUAAAACAAACAAAUAAUUUUUUAAGUACAUUUAAAAUAUUUGUAAUCUCUUUCAUGAAAUAAAAACUAUAGUCGGAAA